AUGAACAGCACACAGGAGACUGAAAUGGGAACAUGUACAAAUAGACGAGGAAUUAAUAAAGCUGGUUUACAAAUGGAGAAUGAAAGGAAAGAGAUGACUUUUUAUACUUUAAUAUUGACUGCUAGUCUAUUCAAUAUGUAUAUUAAACAUUUACCUGAUUCUUCGCAAAAGUCAUUCAAAAACUUAAUUCUUCUAGGAGUAUUUAAUCUAUUUUCGACAAUAUGUGCUGGAUUAUGUGUUAUCUCAUCCGUCCUUUUAUUAGUUGGCCUGUGUGUGGAUAACCGUCUGAUGCUUCUACCCUGGAUUUUCUCCGUUUCCAUAACGACGUUGUUGGAUGUGAUUUUGUCCUUUUACUUUUUUACUGAAACAGAAAUCGACUCGUUUCUCGCAAUUCUUUUUGUAAUUGAUACGACAAUUUGUGCCUUAAAUAUUUAUAGUAUUUUAUGUGUGAUAUCUCAGUAUCAAGAAUACCAAGCAGGUAGAGGUAGAGCUGGACAAUGCCAUAUAUCUCAACAGCCAGUAGUUCAGUAUUACACCACCCCAAUAUGCGAGACGAGGCCAAGAGUUUCCAUCAAAGUAUCAGAAAAUGAUUCGAAUUCGGACUCCCAGAUGGCGCCACCGUCUAAUCACCAAGUAUUGAUCAUCAAUAAAGAAGCUGAGGAGCAAGAUACAGGAUUGUGGGUGAGCAACGGGAAUGCAAACUCUACACGCGGAGCCGCCCCCUGGUGUCACGAAAAGGAAUUAUCUGAUAACGAGCCUGGAACAUCCGUUCUUUGCAAUGAAAUCGAACCCCUUCUUAAGAUCUGCAAAGGCAACAGACUACCGUUUCCAAAUAUUUCUGAAGACAGAAGAACUACAAAAACCUCAAGUGUGGAGAAAACAGUGAAAACCAGCAAUUCUUUCACAUCUUCCAAUUGUCUUAAUGAAUAUUCUGGUUUUUUAUAAGAAGUUUAUUCAUGUUUAAUAACUAAUCUUUUCGGAAAAGAAAUUCAAAUUACUGGCAUGUUAACCAUAAUAAUAAUAAUAAUAAUAAUAUUUAAUUGUCUUUUUAUUGUAUGUUGUGGAAAAAAAAGAAGAAGACAACCAUUAAGCAAUA